AUGCGCCGUGGGAAGCUUGGAGGAUCGGCGUUUGCAGGUCUGGAGAUGAUGUGCAGCAACGGAGGGAUCGAGCUCGCGCUGACAUCCAUCACAUUCCGUCGGACACUGGCAGAUCGGCAUGCCAUGGAGAUAGCAGUCGAGCAUCUGAGCAUACUACGCCGCGGCGCGUCUGAGAAGAUUCGCAAACAUCGCGCUGCAUAUGCCAUGACUACUCCUCCUCGAGCGUUCAUCCCUCUUGCCAUCUCGACGGACGGUACCCUGCAUCCUGACACCCUCCGCUUCAUCUGGUAUCUCGCGGACAUCAUUGCUCAGCGCUCAAUGCCUCUUGAGGAUGCGGCGUUUGGUCGGCACUUCGUGCCUGAUGACGGACCUGCUGCUGAGGUCUUGGCUCGCAAACGCGCCGCCACCUAUCAGCGCCUCACCAUGCAGCUGACGCUGGAAGCGCUCUUGUCUGGUGCCAGGCGCAUGACGCCCUUGCGGGCGCAAGCACUCCUCGAGCCAGAGGACAGCUCCUCCUCGGACUUUGUCGAGUCGCCCGAGGAGUCUUCGCCGGAGGUCUCCGACUCCGAUGGGGGACACCCUUCGGCGCACAGCGAGAAGCUGCACAAUCACAAACAAAACACAAGCCCGAAAACAACCCCCUCCCAUCCUCAUGGCCGCAAGAUGAAGGGCGAUAUCCACAUCCCUGGAAUCCGCGAUCGAGGGUCCGAGCAGUACGAGGGCUUGAUGGUCCACCCUGUAAACCCGCGCUCGAUGCCUCUUGAGGAUGCGGCGUUUGGUCGGCACUUCGUGCCUGAUGACGGACCUGCUGCUGAGUGGAUUUACGAGUCAGCGGUAGCCGAGACCAACACCACCCGUGACGGCGGCGACGCUGCAUCAAUGCCCAAGGACCCGGCGGGGCUGUGCGGCAUCGGAGGCAGGCGAGCUCGGACCAGCCGCAGCAAGCACCCUAGCCUGGGUGUUGGUGCCAGGAGGGAAUGCCAAUCGGCGGACGUAGCUGCAACAGCAUCCUCCAUGUCGCAGACCUUUUCCCCUCUGUUCGAGCCAGUUGGGCCACUCGAGGAUGCCGUUGCAGCUGCCUCCGCUAUGAAGAAGUACAUAUUGGCUGAUUUGAAGCUUGAGAUUCAACCCCGCGAGUCGAGUUACUCAGUGCGCAGAAGGUAA